AUGGAUAUGGAUGAGCACUGUCGUAUCGAUCGGGUGAUUGCUAGAGACCAAGAAAGUAGCGGAGAAAUAGCGCGGCAAAUAUCAAGACUUCUUGAGGAACUCUUCAAGACGCAUUCUCGACAUCCGGAAUUUGUCCAAGCAGUGAUUUGGUGCAUGAGAACUCUGAUUAGAAGUGAACCUUUUAGCGAUGAUAGCCAUAAUACUAUCAAGCUUGGUGUUGACAGAUUGGCGGAGAUUUUUUCCACCAAACCGGCAUGGAUACAGUCUCAAAUUGUGAUCGAGCUACAUCGUUACAACUUACCGGAAUUGGCAGUGCUGCUAACGAAUGCUUUUCGCAGUCCAAAAAAUGGCGUAACAGUACCUAUUCGUUUGCUUCUUCAAGGCAGACCACAUGUUGGGAGUGAAGUUGAAAUGUUGUUAGCAUCGUAUGCAAUGGCCGCUGGCGAAAACUCCGCCUUCAACUUGGGUUUGGCGGCCGAUGGACCUGUGCGAGAGGCGAGGAAAGUUCCACUUGAUGGGGUCAAAAAAGUGACGAUGUCUGGUACACAUACCUUAUUUCUAACACAUAAAGGUGAGGUCUUCGCAUGUGGUGCACCAAAGAACUUUGAUUCUGGGGAACAGAAUGGGAAGUUGGUUGUCAGCCCAAUCAAAGUUGUAUUUCCUGGCGAAACGUUGCCUGUAAUCGACAUCGCUGCUGGACCAUAUCACUCGGUUUUUAUUACAACGAAAGCGGUCUAUGUGUGUGGAAUUAACGCCAAUUUUUGUCUUGGGCUAAGAAAAGAAAAAGGAUACUACUCUAUGACAAACGUGAAGUUACCAGUACCCGAGGGUGUGAAGAAAUUGCAGUUAGAGAAGGUGUUCACCAACGCUGAUUGUACUAUUAUACUAUCAACCAAAGAUAUGUGGAUUGUAGGGAAGACGCCUCUCAAUGUUAAUGAGACAUUCACAUUGGUUACGAAAGAUGUAGGCGUGUAUGAAAUGAUCCGUUCUAAUAGUAAGCUAUUAGGCUUGUCCUAUGAGUUGGCUGUUGUGUACUUUUCCACUGUACCUUGGGUUUUUCCCGUUAACAUAGUUCGUGUCGACUAUAAAAACCGAAAUCUAAGUGAUGUGGAGGUAACAAUUACAAAUAGCUCUGGUGUCCUUAGCUAUACGUUUGAUCCUCGCCCCAACAGAAUGCUGAUUAAACCAUGUGUGAUUUCCGUGAAUGGCGUCUUGGUUGAGUUGCAAUGUGUGGAUUAUCACAUAACAUCGAAGGGUGACAUUAUGCUUAUGGGUUACCCUGGAACGACCCGCAUUGCGGAGUACUACACUCUGUUUCGUGGACAGAUAAGAGUCAUAGAGGACAAAUCAGUAGACGAUGGGUUCACUGAAGCGUACGUAUCGGAGUCGAAUGUGACUGGCUUGAGGAUUCUACUUGUGCUGCAGGAAGUUCCCGGUGCUCAUGCCGUGACGUCAUUUGCUAGAUCACCAGACGGCAAGAACCUAAUUUAUGUGACGAAUAGCUCCACAGCUUGUAGGAAUAUGCAAUGGGAAACGGUCGAUUAUGCAAAGUUGAAUGAAGAACGUGAGCUGUCGUGCUUAGAUAAAGUUGAUCUAGACUUUCAUAUAUUUGAUGUGGUAGGCACACGCACAGAUACGCUCGAAAGUGUGAUUAGAGGACGUUUCCCUAAUGUAGACCGUUAUCGUGGAGAGGAUAAUGUACUAUUAAUUGAAAAGCUUGCUAGAGAAGUUUCCAACAUGAAGUGCGCCCAAAUAUUCCGCGACUAUCUUGUUUUUGGCGAGAAUCGUGUGAUAAAUCGCGGUUCGACUACCAAAGCUAUGAUCGAGAAAAUUUGCCACGUUCUUGGAGUGCAGUGCAUCCGACAGGAGAGAUUUUAUCAACUUGGGGAACCGUUAAAUUCACUAGACAAAUUCGUCGCAUCCCGCAAUUGCAUACUGGUGUCGGAAGAAGGUGUUGAGAUCAAAUUUGUGAAGGAAUUGCUGGAGCUUCAGUCAUCCUAUUUUGGAGUAGCUGUUACCUAUCAAAAAAACAGUGAAGUGCCAAGAUUCCGGUUAUGUGCAUCCGAGAAAGUAAUUUGUCGGGCGCUCCUCAGCAUUAUCAAUCCAAACUAUCUUAGAACGCUGAAAACUAACGAGAUUGUGGAGUUGUUGUCGUUCCUUGAUCAGUACUUGCUUUACGCAGUCACAGCCGAUGCAUUGCGAGUCUUGUUUGAAAGAGUGAAUGAAUUCAAUUUGAAUGUGAUAUUCGACCUCAAUGAAUCUGUUCCGCAACUGCGGCCACUGAUAGCAGAACAUUUCUACAACAACCUACAUCUGCUUGCUUACUGGAAGAAUUCUGCAGCAGCUUCAAUAGAUUUGGUUCGAGACGUCUUCUGUUGCGCUGAGCACGAAUUAGGUGGUGGUAAAGGCAUCGCAGCUUCUCCAACUUCUGUUUCUUGUGCAUUAGAAGCUCCUAAAAUCUAUAUUCUUGAAUGGUAUCGUAAGGCACACUGGGGUCUCUUCCGGACAGAGGAUGCCGUGGAGAUUCUUCUUGGACCAAACAAUAGAGAUGCUGUUUUCGAACAGGCCGUGCUGAAGUAUCUGCAAGAAUACUGUAUAAGCGAAGGAGAAGCCGAUGAGUCUUCAGACGAGUUUUCCAUGUUUUCGUUCUACCUACCGGAUUCACACGAGCCUGAACUAGUAACCGCUACUCGUUCUCGGUUGGAAGAGCGUGAACGAGCGAAAACACGAAGAGCUCGCAAAAAAAGCACAAGAAAGUCCGCCUCGGAAGGAGUUGCCUCUACACCACCAUUUCAGUUUGUCCUGGAGGUUCGAGAAACAAGUAAGGUGGAAUCGGAAGCAACUCAAGUAGUUGUGAACGAGGAGCUAAGCACCCAUGGAAGAAAUUCUGAGACUGUAACAAAGAAGAAAGAAACUAUGAUAAACGAAGAGAGCAAAAAAAGAUGUAUCUCUGCUCUAGCUGACAGUGUUCACUCAUUCCUGCAUGUUAAAGGAAUCAACGAAAAGUCGCUGUUGCGGAUGAGUAAGCAGACCUCUUCCUUCGAAGCAGAAAGAAUAGCUGAAGAAGACGAGUCUGAUCAGCCUCCAAGAGCGAUGUCUGCAUGGAAACUUCUAGAGGGCACUUCGCCUUCGUCUGUGGCAUCUCCUUCUUUCGAAACCCAGGAUUCUCUAACGUCAUCUAAGAAAAGGGGAAAGGGAAGAUUCACUCCUAAGGGGACAAAAUUUCAUGAUGCUAGCAAUUUGCUUCACGAAACUCAACAAGACACUCAUUUUGCACCAUGGGCUGGCGUUGCAAAUUCGCCACUUGGUACAAGUACACCUUCAAUGUCGAUGACACUGCAGGAAAUGGAGGAUACAAAGCAUAUGAAGGCGAAGCCUCUUGCAUUAAAGCAGGAAUCUGGCUGCCGAAAACAGAGACGAACUUCAGGAAAUGUAUCGUGGAGCGAGCCAAUUCUGUCGUCACCGAGCGUCUCACCACAAACACCAUCAUUAGCCGAAAUUAUGAAGGAGGAGGAGCGGCGUCAGCGAGAAAGUACCAAACGCAUUUCAAGACCACUUCAGUUUAUUGAAGAUGAGGAAAGAGCUAUAGACGAACUUACUCAGUUGUACCGUGAAAAUGUCGGUGAUGAGCAAGCUGGCCAAACCGCGCUCGCUGCACGACCAAAAACAGCGGAGGCCAGCAGGAUCAGCAACAAAAUGGCUUAUUACGGCAAUCAUGGAAAAGGACGCACUAAAAACCACCACAACAACUUUGAUCGCGAUGAGCCGAAUGGAUUCAAAAAUCCACAAUAUGGCCCACAUGUGCAGUUAAUCGACGCAAAUUGGGAGAGACAAGUGACAGCAAAGCUGGACGAGUUCAUGAAUGGAACAGCAACAGAGCUCUGUUUUCCACCAAUGGAAAGACCUGAGAGACGACGACUACAUGAGCUGGCAAGACGUAAAGGUCUCCAGACAUCGAGUGAAGGUAGAGAACCAAAUAGAAGAUGUGUCGUUCAUCGACGUCCCACUCCAAAACUGGCCGCAGUUGGCGCAAAUGAGACACAACCAAUACGGCUUACUACGGAUAUUCGAAAAGCUCUGUCAGACUUCAUUUGCCAAUAUCCCAUUUAUGGAUCGGCUAUCGAUCGUCACUUAGCGGCUCCGAGAUCCCGAGAUCGAUCACAGCGAGAUAUAGGGAACAGAGAAAGACCAGAGAUGCUUGUACCGCAACGUAGUAAUAUCAGUAUGGAAAUGCAAAAACAAAGGAAUAUGCUCCCUGCCUAUCAACAGCGAGCGGAUGUGCUCAGAGCGAUCAAUGAUCACAAGGUAGUGUUGAUCACAGGAGGUACAGGAUGUGGCAAAACCACUCAGGUACCGCAGUUUUUACUCGAAGACGCAUACGAACACCAGCAACCUCUGCGAAUCGUCUGCACCCAACCAAGGCGUUUACCAGCGAUUGCGGUGGCAAGUCGUGUAGCAAAGGAGCGUGGAGAGAGUCUCGGCUCAACAGUGGGAUACCAUAUACGGUUAGAACAAAGGACAUCCCCACAAACUGUACUGACUUACUGCACCAGCGGCGUAUUGCUGAGAAUGCUCACUCAAGAUGACGCAGCUCGCGAUAUCUCUCAUAUCAUUCUUGAUGAGAUUCACGAGCGUGAACAAAACACCGAUUACUUGCUCAUAGCCCUUAAGCAAGCUCUGAAGAAGAGAAAUGACCUGAAGGUCAUUUUAAUGUCAGCCACGAUGGAGGGAAAUCUAAAGCUGUUCACUAAGUAUUUCGGCGAAAAAGUUGAAGUGAAGCAUAUCGAUAUUCCGUCGCGUCUUUUCACCGUGGAACGGUUUUUCCUUGGCGACGUCAUCGCCAUGACUGGAUUUGUGCCAGAAGAAAGCAUGUUUAGCAGUAUGUUCAUGUCUGCAGGGUUUCCAGAAGUGUGCAGUUUUCCUACGGUCGGUGACUGGUCGAUGAAAACUGAAUGGGAAACGGAACAAGCUCAAGUUCAUCCUCGAAUGCCAGAAGCUGUGACGGCUCCAAAUUUGCAAUCGCUUGCUAAAAACAAUUGUGCAACACCGAGUUCGUCGAAUCCAAUGGUUAGUGGGCAUAUGAUAACGUCGUCUAGCGUCUCAUCGUUCACGCAGCAUGGAAAACAACAACAUACCGCUAAUUUUAUGAAUGUUGCUCAACAACUCGUCAACUCGCAACAGUCAUCCUCUGGUCAUCAACAGCAGGCACCACAACCAAUGAGCGCACCUCCCCAGGGUAUUGUACAUCAGCAGCAACAACAACCGCCGAUUCCACCUGGAUAUGUGCAACAGCCGGGAGUUUAUGUGCAGCAUUCUGCUUACCAACAGGGUUAUCCUCAGCCACCACAUGGGUAUCAGCAAGGCCAAGUUCGUCAGGUGUAUAGUCAGCCAGGAGGAGUGGCUUUGCAACACUCAGCUACAUGGGGCGGAGGUAUGGACCAAUCUUUCAACGGCGUUGUGCAUGCUCAUCCAGAUGUGGUCGAACUCCCAAGCGAAGCGUUAGAUCCAGAGACUUUGGAGCAAUUUCGUCAAAUGGGAUAUACCAAUAAUGAUGAAGUUGGUCCGACAGUCACCUACGGUGCAGACUGGCGCGUGCCUGAAAGUGAAGUUCAGCACCACUGGCAGCACACUCAGUCGUUUUCUACCAUUCCAAGCACCGGUUACCAACAAGGACACCUUCAGAGCUGGGAUCCUCAAGUUGUUUACUCCACUACGCCUGCUCCUUAUCAUAAGAACUCUCAACAGCAGCAACCGAUGUUCUACGUGCCAGAGAGCUUUGACAAUUCUCCUUCGACCAAAUCGGUGUCGUAUUUUGGCCAGUCAAUGGAUGGGUUUCCCAUGCCAAUGCAUAGUCACCAUACGAUCCCGCAGCAAGCAACAAGUGGAUCACCAGCUGCGUAUACGGUGCCACCGCCGUCGCAUGUUCCCCCGCCACUUCCUGGGUAUCCGCAGCAUGUUCAAAGUAGUGGACCACAGCCACCAUUGGAUAGUUAUGCUAGUGCUGUACAAAGAUCUGAAAAAGAGUUGGAGAUGAUGCGACUUCAGCUCGGAACGGCGCUCCCGGAUCGACCAGAGUCAUUCGAUCCACAUAUUCGGCAAUUGCUUGCCGCCCGAAGGCUCGAUCAGUCAGCACUUGUAAACAUGUAUCUGAAAUGCGGAGGCCAACAAUGGGCUGAAGCUGUAGAUCUGGAUUUGGCUAUGGCUGUGGUGAAAUAUUGCAUGGAUAGCCGAGUUGAUGGAGCGGUCCUGGUCUUUUUGCCCGGUUUCGACGAUAUAGUCCAAAUGCGUGACAAGAUCAACAACGAAACUUGGCCUUUACGGCGCCCAGUGAUAUUCACACUCCACUCUCAGAUGAAUUCCUUCGAUCAGCAGAAGGUGUUUGAAUCUGUAGGACCAAACGAACGGAAAGUGAUUCUGUCCACGAAUAUUGCGGAAGCUUCUUUAACUAUCGAUGACGUUGUGUUUGUCGUUGAUUGUGGGAAAGUGAAAGAAAAGACUUAUGACCAUACAUCACGUAUUAGCCAGUUAAAAGUCACUUGGAUCGCCAAGAGCAAUGCUGAACAACGUGCAGGACGUGCUGGCCGAUGUCGAGAGGGGUAUUGUUUUCGACUCUACAGUAUUGAAGACUAUGAUGAGAUGCUAGAGACUCAGAUGGCAGAAAUGCAGAGAACUGCUAUCCAUGAUGUAUGCCUGCACGCAAAAAUGUUCGCUCCUGAAAAUAUGACCGUAAAACAGUUCUUGCAAAUGGCACCUGAACCACCGUUGGCCGACGCUGUAGAUAAGAGCAUGGAUUUCCUGGAGCAACUCGGAGCACUGUACUCGGAAGCAAGCACGUCGGAUAUCGAUCUGACAGGAUUCCCUCCACCUUACGUCGAGCCCCAAUUAACGGAUUUGGGAAGGCUUGUGGCACAGUUGCCUUUGGAUCCACAACUGGCCCGUCUACUGCUUUUUGGCGUAGUACUCAGGUGUCUGAAUCCUGUGGUUACUUUAGUUGCCGCCUUAUCGCAUAGGGAUCCAUUUAUUCUGGCGCUUUCCGAAGAGCGCGAACAGUCAAAUAGACAAAGGGAUAGUUUUGGAAAGCGCGAUUUUUCGGAUCAUAUCACAUUAAUCAGGGCUUUCAAUGAGUUCAGUGAGAAAAGCCCAAAGGAAGUGACAGCGUUUUGCCGUGCAAAUUAUUUAUCUUUACCAGCGAUGCGUAUGAUCACGGGAAUACGCCGACAACUUCUGAUUGAACUACGUCGAGUGAAGAUGAUUAACUACGAAGGAGAUCCCCUAAAUGCCCUUCGUGAUGCGACUUAUAACAAGUACUCUUCGUCUUGGCCAAUGAUACAAGCGGCUAUAGUGGCUGGCUGUUAUCCAGGAAUAGGUUUUGUUCGGGCUGGCAAUAAACUGAAGAAAAUCAGAACGAGCACGGAAGCUGCUGCAACUCUUCAUCCAUCGUCAGUAAUAAAGCGACAAGUGCUAGCAGCUCCGAAGAGAAGUGAAAUUAUCAAUCAGUACGUUUCGGAGGACUCAGAAGAUCCAAUAAUCGAGUACCUAGCAUUCCACGAAUUGGCAAAGAUCGAUGAAGGACUUACGCUGCGCACAGUGACAGUUGUCCCACCUUGUGCAGUAGUGUUGUUCGCUGGAUCGAUGAGAUUGAAGAAGAGUACAAUACAAAACUUUAACAUCACUGACCCAGAUUCCGAAGAUGAGGGCGAUAUGGACGAGGAUGCUCCGUCAAAAGAUGUGGUAUACCCAAUUGAGCACUGGAUUGGUGUUAGGGCCACGUAUUCGGACAUGAAACGGCUCAUUCAGCUUAGAUUCAAAGUGAUGUCGUACUUCUUGUCUGCAAUACAUAGGCCUCAGAUUUUGGCCAAUCCCAUGAAAGAGGAUAACGACUUGCUCGCCACACUAGCACAAGUGCUCCAAACUGACCAUCAGGAAAUGAGAUUUAAUCAGUGCGUCCUACCACAACAGCCAUUGUUCUAUCCACAACAUCAAGUGCCAACUUCUUCGUCGACGUCAAGCUACAGUUCACACAACGGUCAACAGGCUCUUGCUCAACGAUUCCCGCAUAGAGAGGCUUCUGUUUCCCAGCCGAAUAUGAGCGCGGUAGUUGAGUCCAAUUUAAAGCCGACUCCAUCCUCAUGCCACACAGAGGGUCUUCCUGCAUCUCACUCCAUGUCCAGUUUUCAGAGUGGUGGAUUUGAGAAAAGAUUCGACGAAGAACAACAGUCGUCUCCACAGCAGGAGAGAGAACAACAGGACCGAUUCCAGGAUCAGCGAGAGAGAAGGCAUGCCCUAGACGAUUACAGUUAUCAGAAAGGUCGAAGGGAUAACUACGAUCAGCGGCAACAGCGGUACAAUCGCAACAGAGAUGACUGGCAACGCAACAGACCGUAUCAGCCACGCGAAGGAGCGUAUAGAGAAAAAAUGGAGAGGCCACAAAGUUUCCGCGAACGUGAUCGGGAACGAGAAAGAGGCGGUCGCGACGAAACCGCACCUGGUCCAUCGCAACAACAGCAACAGCGUCAGAGGAUGCAAGGCUACAACAAUCGCGAACGGGACUAUCGACAGAAUGAUCGCGAGUGGAAUCGCUGCGAUUCAUCUGGGCCGGAUCAGCUUACUUGGCAGCAGAGAGAAAUGGAAAGAAGUGAUAACUACAGAGAAAGACAAGGUCGUCGUGAUUAUAACAACUACAGACCACGACAAUACAACAAGUUUGAUGAUGAUCGGGAAGAGCCCGUUCCCGAAGAUCCUCGAGUGGACAGGAACGGUGAGGAUGAUUGGGAAGAAGAAGAACUUCAAGCCGGUGGGUACCACCAUGAUCAACAAGACUAUCAGCACAAACAAAAUCGUCAUUAUCAUUCUCGGCCUUACAACAGUCGUGGUGGCUAUCGAGGGCGUGGGCGUGGUGGAUUCUUUAAUAAUCGACAUUACAAUCGUGACGAUAAUCGUCGUGACUUACAAGAUGAUGACAGAGGUGACAGAGAUGGACGUGAUACUCGAGAUGGAGGUGAUAACAGGGAACGGGAUCACGUCGAAGGAAAUCCGCGAAACAACGAUCGCAGUUACUACAGACAAGCUGGGAAGAAUUACGAUAAUAACAGAAGCUUGGAAAACGACCGAGAUAAACACUCAGAACGUAGUCGUGUGUUUAUUAGCAAAACUUACUUUCAAGAUCGACGACGUCGUGGAUCAAAUUCAAAUUAUAACUAG